CCCAAGCCGGUUUAUUGUCCCCCAUGAAAGCAGGUCCACAGGGAGAUCCUCUUCAAGUGUUGUUAGUAAAGCACCCAGCUCGGUAGUGCGGCUCGGUCGGGAUGGAUCAUGGCAGUGGACAGAUUCGUUGGUGCAAAUGCAAUGUAAAUACGUGUUUCUGGCGUCAAACAUUACUUGGGCGCUUGAUCGCUUCGGCUUCGGCAUCACAUCGAUUUCAAUAUGCAUGAUUGUCACACCGUUUUACCCCCAACCCGCUCUCCUCGAUGCCCCGGGCUCCGUUCGUCUUGGUCCUCUGUGUUGACAUGAUAUCCUGUCGGAUUUUAUCAAACUACCUCGGGAAGAGAAAUGCGGCUCAUGUGCCAACAGUCGCGUCGGAUGAGAAGUGCGCCCACAACUUGGGGCUUGCAUCAAAUAUGCGCCCCAUCCCCUCCUCUCAUCCUGAGGCUAGAACGGUCCAUAUGACCACCUCCCUGCCGGUCCCUGGUGGGGAUACGCGUACUUCAGCUCAUGACGAGUGCUGCGCUUCAGGCCCCAAUUCCUUUUUUCACCCAUCCCGAUGGGUAAAAUUCCGUAUUGCCUCCCUAACAAUUGUUUAGGGAAGAACGGCCUUUAUUGGCCUGGGAUCUAUUGACCCCAACACUUCUCCAGAGGUAGUGUUACAUCGAAUAAGAUAUGGGAGAAGAUUCUGGUCCGAAGGGAAAACUAUUUCGAAUUCGUCAUCACCAAUCGGGCCUGCCCGCCAAUAACGCUGGCUGAAAAGCAAUCACGACUCACUCGUGGAUUGCGCAGGUUAUGGCAUGUUUCCGAAUCCAUGUUUACAUAAUUUGUAAUGAUAGCGCAUCAUUCACGAGGGUGGUAUAUACACUUACUGUAACUCGAUUUGGACUUCUAGUCUCAGUAGGAGAUCCAUGCUUGUGUCCUGUACAUUCGGAAGCCUUGUGAGGCUGUGCGCUGGAAAGACGUAAUACUCUCACCCGGUUAGGAAGUGCAAACAACAUGCAGCAAUAUUAAUGCUGCAUAUAACGCUGAUCGGACACCAAAGAGCCCUGGCAUGUC